AUGGGAGCAAGCUCAGUCCGUCGCAACCUCUUCCAGAAUCAUCUAAACAGACGGCCAGUAACCGUCUCGACAUCCGGCAAUGGGACAUCCGGCCUUUCUUCCCAGGUACUACAGUCCAAUGCGCCGGAGCCUAGCUCUUCCCUUUCCGCAAGCUCAGUGGAUGACGGAGAGAUUGUUGUAAAGGACAAAAACGGUGGCUACAAGUUGGAUAUCCCUGUUCUGCCGCCAAUUGUGGGCGAGGAUGGAGAGGAGAUGGAAGGGUUGGAGAGUGGGGAAGCCGGGACCUCUGCCGCUACAAAUGGAGCCGACUCGGGACGAGGAGAGAUGAGUGGGCGGGAGAAAGAGAAAAUGGAAGCGAGCCUGGCUGAGAUGAUGUAUCGGAAACGAAACAGGCAGAUGAGCAGUGAACCGCACGAAAUCCUGGACCUUGUUUACCAGAGCCUCCGAAAUAAAGUGGCCUCACUGGAGGAGGACAACUGGAUGUACGAGUCCGAGCCCGAUAACCGUGUAUAG